GGAUUAGAAAAGAUCGAUUCAGCACUUAAUGCUCUUGUGAUGGAUAUAAAGAAACUGCCGACGACAAGAGGAAUAAAUGUACUGUCAUCUAAAGUAAAGACUGAGAUCCAAAGGGAAAAAUUGCGUGCCGAGAAUCGCAAGUUAGAAAUAAAACAACUACAAGAAGAUAAAAGGAAAUACGAGGAACAGAUUGAAAACUACACAAACUUAUACUCUAAAGACCGACAUGAUAUGGAAGGAGCAUUAACGUCAAAGGAAAUGGGUAUAAUAAAUGAACUUUUGGUAAAGAAAGUUAAGGAAAAAGAUGUGCAGCUAUCUGAGCAGAAAGAUAGGUACCAACAAGCUUUGAAUCAUAUACAAGAUAAAGAGGCAGAAUCUAAAACCAAAAUAAUUUCACUGAAUAUAAGAAAUGAGCAUUUAGAAAAAGAGAAAGAUUCUCGAGAUCGGAAAAUAGAACAUCUGCAAGAAAAGUUACAGGGUAUUGAGAUAAACCUUGAACGUCGUGAUCUGAAAAUUAAAGAUCUAGAGGAAAGGUUAGACAGUAUCAGAACGGAAAUGACCUGUGAAAAAGAGCUUCUUAUAAAGAAAAUGGAAAAACAAAAGAAGCAAUUGUCAAAGCAGAGGGAUGAGCUGCAUGAAGCCUCAAAUCAAAUAUACGAGUCCGAUCAGAGCCGAAUUAUAAACUCGCUAAAGAAAGACAACCAGGAAAAAGAUUACCACAUUUUUGAGCUGAGUGAGCAACUGAAACAUACUACGAAAAUAGCGGAUGACAAAAACGCUAAAAUGUUAAACAGAAAAGUGGUCGAAAUAAGUCAAUUGAAUGACAGAAAUGAGUUUUUAAAACAAAAAAUGAGGGAAAAGGAUAGUCAGUUACAUAAACAGCAUGAUCAACAUAACCGCACUCUGGAAAGACUGCGAGAAACAGAGACUAUGGCGAAUGAAAACAAAGCGUCACUAGAAAUAACAAUUCAAAGUCUUGAAAGAAAUAUUGAACGCCGUGAUCUGCAUGUUAAGGAUCUUGAAAAAAGUUUAGACAGUAUGAAGGCUGUAUUGAGUUGUGGAAAUGAACGUCUUGAACAGAAACUGAUUGCAAAAGACAAACAGUUAUCUGUAGUUAAUGCCCAGUUGGAAGAAGUUUUGAAUCAAUUACAGGAAACAAAAAGCGACCAAGGUAGACUCCUCACCUCACUAAAGAAUGAAAAUAUGUGUCUUUUGGCACAGGUGAAGCUAAGAGAUUUGAAAAUAAAUAAGCUAGAGGAAAUGUUGGAAAGCACAAUUACUGAAACAAAUAAAGAGGCAGAAUUGAAAGAAAUUAUCACAUCACUGGAAAGAAAACUUAACUGUCUUAAAUCAGAGCUGGAGCUCCGUGAUCAGAAGAUAAAACAAUACGAGGAAAUAUUAAUAGGUAUUAAUUUCAAAAUGACACAAACUAGUUAUAGAAAUGAAUUUCUAGAAAUUAAAUUAAAGGAAAAGGAUGAGCAUACUGAUCAACGGGGUCGCACUUUGGAAAGACUGCAAAAAUCGAAAACUGAAUUGGUAGGAACUAUCGCUGACUUAAAGAAAAAAAAUCUACACCUUGAGACACAUAUUGAGGAUAGUGACCUGAAAGUAAAAGAUCUUGAGAAAAGGUUUAACAGUAUGAGGACUGAACUAAAAGAUGAAAAUAAGCUUCUUGUAAAUAAAUUUGAGGAAAAAGAUAGGGAUCAAAGGGAACAGCUACAACAAGCUAACAAUCAGUUAUAUAAAAGAGAGGUCGAAUUGAAUGACAUUAUCAUCUCGCUAAAGAAAGAAAAUCAGGAAGAGGAUUAUCGGAAAUCUAAACUGAAAGAUCAGCUGAAACAAACUUUGAAAAAGUUGGAUGACAAAGAGGCUGAUAUGACAGAAAUAAACACUUCACUGAAUAGGAAACUCGAGUGUCUUGAGGCAGAGGUGGGUCGCCGUGAGCGGAAUGUAAGACAUCUACAGGAACUGUUAAACGAUAGGAAGAUUGAAGUGACUAACGUUUCUGAAAGAAAUGAACUUUUAGAAAAAAAGUUGAAAGAAAUGGACGACCGGUUACGUGAACAGAACGAACAGCAGCGAAAGAAUACUCAGCAUCUUCACAGAGAGGUUGAACACCGUGAAAAAGAUGUAAGGGAAAAAGACGAGAAGACGUCCGAGCUGAAAGAACUGUUGCAACAGACUUUGAAAAAAUUACACGAUAUAGAGAUUGAACAAGAUGAAACUAAAACAAGUCUCAUUAAAGCUACGGGAGACAGUUUGGCUGAUAAUAACCCUAACAUUACCGACCUAAGCGAAAGGAUUCGCCCUACAAAACUCGCUGAAAGAUGUGCUGAGUUGUAUGACAAUCAAUGGACUGAUGCGUUUGACAUUCUCGACAAACACUUCGAUACAGAGGAAAAUGUUAUAGAAGCCCUCCUAUGGAUAUUGCAGGAGAGUAGAGAUAUAUCAGCCGAUGUGCGUAAACUCUUUAAAGAUUGCAGGAGGACAGUGUCACCUGUUGCCGUAGGAAACCUAUAUAAGAUGUAUGUGUCACAUCUUGGACAGUCAACAGAUAAAACAUUAAGAACAGCUGUAGAAGUCAGCUCAUAUACAUCAGAAUGCCUUGAAAUCUGCUGGUUUAUGGUGAUCCACGACCCAACCGUAGUAUUUUCACCGUUGCUAAGGAGAGGUUCAAGCCUUAAUACGGACCUGUACAAACCCUACACAAGCUGCGGCACACACGUCGACUAUGUGGUAUGGCCUCCCCUAUUAUUACACGAGGGUGGCCCAAUUCUGGCGAAAGGUGUAGCUCAGGGAUACGGCAAGAAAUCAGAAAAGAGUACAUAA